CUGAAAGGACUGAUAUGUCAAAACAGGAAGUGGGCCUAAUAGGUCGUCGGACUUAAUUAAUUGAUUAAGUAGACAUAUCAACAAUAAAUAUUUGCGUCCAGAAGCAUUAAAAGACUGUUUACAGCUCUAGGCAGCAUUGAUUUGGGUCUGUUUGACAAAAUUAAGCGUGCUGGCUCCCCUAUCGAGUACACAAGUACCAACAUGCCGCCUACAAAAGACAUCAAGGAUCUCAUUGCCGACCUGACCAAGACUCACAAGGUCAUGGUCUUCAGCAAGACCACAUGUCCAUUCUGUGACAAGGUGAAAAACUUAUUUUCAUCACUUAAUGUUGCUUUCAAUUCCUUUGAGCUGGAUAAGGAAGCGGAUGGUUCUGCCAUCCAAGCUGGUCUGGCUGAGCUGACAGGUCAGAAAACGGUACCAAAUGUCUUCAUCAACAGCAAACACCUAGGUGGUUGUGACGACACGUUUAAAGCACAUGCGGAGAACAAGCUUCUGCCAAUGAUCAAUGCGUCCAAUCACAGCUUUGACUUUGACCUCAUUGUGAUUGGCGGCGGGUCAGGUGGUCUGGCAGCCUCCAAGACUGCAGCUGAUCUUGGGAAGAAGGUGGCAGUGUUUGAUUAUGUGGAGCCAACACCUAUUGGAACAACUUGGGGUCUAGGAGGGACGUGUGUAAAUGUAGGCUGCAUUCCAAAGAAACUCAUGCACCAAGCUGCUAUACUUGGCCACAGUAUAGAAGAUGCCAAACAUUAUGGUUGGCAGGUACCAGAAAAGGUGGAACAUAAUUGGACAACCAUGAAAAAUGCAAUACAGGACCACAUUGGCUCACUGAAUUGGGGAUAUAGAGUACAACUCCGGGACAAAAAGGUGGAAUACAAAAACGCCUAUGCAGAGUUUGUGGAUAAAAACAAAGUGGCAGCUAAGGACAAGAAGGGCCAGGUCACAAAUUACACAGCGGACAAGUUCAUUAUUGCCACUGGGGAGAGGCCUCGCUACCCUGACAUCCCCGGGGCCAAAGAAUAUGGAAUAACCAGUGACGACCUGUUCUCACUGCCCUACUGCCCGGGCAAGACGCUGAUGGUGGGUGCCUCGUACGUGUCCCUUGAGUGCGGGGGCUUCCUGCAGGCGAUGGGCCUCAACGUGUCCAUCAUGGUGCGCUCGAUCCUGCUGAGGGGCUUUGACCAGGAAAUUGCGGAGAAGAUCGGGGAGUACAUGGGCAACCAUGGCAUCAACUUUGUGAGGCCCUGUCAACCAACUAAGGUUGAGGAGCUAGAGCCCCGCACAGCUGACAAGCCAGGUCGUCUGAAGGUCACAGGAAAAUAUGACGAUGGUACUCCGUUUGAAGACGAGUUCAACACAGUGUGUUUUGCUAUUGGCAGGGACCCCUGCACUGGUCGUAUUGGGCUGGACAAGGUCGGAGUGAAGACCAACAAGACAGGGUUCAUCCCAGUGAAUGACUGUGAGCAAACCAACGUGCCUAACAUCUACGCUGUCGGAGACAUUCUGGAGGACAAACCGGAGUUGACCCCCGUUGCUAUAGAAGCGGGAAUGCUCCUGGCUAAACGACUGUAUGGCAACUCCAAUGUACUGACCGAUUACAAGAAAGUUGCUACAACAGUGUUCACACCCAUAGAGUACGGCUGCAUUGGCUAUGCAGAGGAAGAUGCUAUCAAGGAGUUCGGGGAAGACAGCAUUGAGGUGUACCACACCAACUUCCACCCCUUGGAGUGGACCGUGGCCCACAGAGAGAACAACGCCUGCUACGUUAAACUGGUCUGCCUUAUACCCGAUGAUAUGAGGGUGAUUGGUCUGCACGUUCUGGGACCGAAUGCAGGAGAGAUAACUCAGGGAUACGCAGUGGCCAUGAGGCUCAACGCUACCAAGGCUGACUUCGACGCUACCAUCGGUAUACACCCUACAUGCUCGGAGGUGUUCACAGUGUUGAACGUGACCAAGCGUAGUGGUGGCGACAUCAGCCAGUCUGGUUGCUGAGGUUAAUCCCUGCUGCUGACCCCAACCACUGUAAAUCUGUAACCAGUCGACUGUAACUUAGCAACGGUUCCCUAGCAACUGUGGAGUUUCUCGCCAUAUGACAUUGUAUAUUCCCCACCCCUAAAAAUAACAACAGAAAGUGUGAAACCUCUCAAGAUUUUACAUGGAAAUACACAGUUAUAUUUCAAUUAGUAAUGGGGAAAAAAGAUUUAAAUAUUCUGUAGUGAUCGGAAGUGAUUUUGAGAAAUAAAAGUUCAGUUUUUAUCUGACAUUAUGAUGGACAAUAAAAUGAGUGACCACCUGUGUCGGGAAGUAUUUAGUUAAAUAUGUGUAAUAAGAAACACCUAGAAAUGUCUACAGGUUUGUUCGGAAUUUGCAGUUAUGUGACUGGUUCAAAAUUCAGUGGUUUCAGCAGCAGGGCUUUGCACCUACAAUUUGUGAAUCAGCCUAGGUUUAACAGCCUGUGUGCUGUUUUAAUGAUGGACUGGUCUGCAAACUCCAAAUGGAGCCAGACUGGUUCUGAUAUAACCUAGACGGAUUCACAACCAAGCAAGAACAAUUGUGAUACACAUUGUAUUAUUAUUGUGCUAUUAUAAGGUUUAUUAUGUAAUUCAUUUUUACCUGUAAAAGUUAUAUAUAAAUAUUUUCAAUUCAUUUUGGUAGACCUAAUGACCAGCAUGAAAAAAAAGAAAAUAUACAAUUUGCAUGAGUUUUCCUAUGAAUAUGUUCUUUUAUAAAGACUGAUUACCUACAUUAAUUGUGUUAACUGUUAUUCACUGUAUUUAUAAUAACGCUUUUCUGUGCUAUUAAACUUGACUUGUUAAACUGUUUAAAAGUGUUUAAAUGUAUGAUCUGAGACAGUGAACUUGGACUUAAAUGUUUAUUGAUUAAACUGUUUGUAUUGUGCUAUUUGUUAAUUAAACUGUCUUUAUUGAA